AUGCAUAACCAAAACCAGAGGAUUCAGCUUAACCUUCACAAGUACAAAACGGCUGGAGUCCAACAGUUCAGCAUCGACAAAUCGUCGGAUGAGGAGUUCGAUGAUCAAUCAUCUCUGUCGUCGAUCUCGGAGGACGAUUUCUCAGACUCAGAGUCGGGAAGCUAUCAAGACACGACGUUAUCGACUAAUCCUUCUGAAGCAACGACGGACGAGAUGUUAUGGGGAAGAAGACGCGCUCCAGUCUGUGGUGUAGCUGCACACGCAGUUCGUCGUCAACUUCUCAAUCAGCCACGUGAACAGAAAAUCCUUGGAAACAAUAAACAAGUUUUCCAAAGCUAUGUGCCAAGCUCCCAAUCCGGAAGUGAUCGUGGAAUGAGUUCCCGAGAUAUGUACUCUCAGAUCCGUCGCGGAGAUGAGUCGCAGUUCCGCCCUCGUGACAAGUUCAUUCCACCAAGAAGACCAAGAAUGGGGCAUGGAUCUUUCGGCGAUCUUUCGGCGAUUGAGGAAAUGUCUCCGAUUCGUUCAUCGAAUUACUCCAGCAGCAGCGAAGGAGGGCCAAGACUGUCGUCGUUGCGUGCGCAAACCGAGUGGAAGCCACAACUCACUUCGACUACUACUUCGUUCCAGGCGUUGUCUCUGACUCCAAUGACUCUCAACCACCCGAGGGGAACCCAUGAUUUCAAGGUGCCAAUGUCACCAGUCUCCACUUCGACUCCUCGUUCUCAAAGACUUUACCGAAAGAAUCCGAAGCAUGUACGUCAUCACAGUUCGGCAUUGCAUCUUUUGGAUUCUCACAUAAGCGAGAGAAGCUCCAGCCAAGAGUCUGAUAGACCAGUCACCCCUGACCCAUGGAUGACAGAAAACAGUGAGAACGAACAUCCGGAUGACGUUCGUCCAAACAAAGUGGUCAAGGAGAAAAGCAAACGCCCGGAGGACUUUGGACUGGACAACGCUUAUGCUAAACACAAGGAUAUCAGAGGAAUCAUCUUCUUGAGCAUGUCAUUGUGUGGACGUCGUCUUACUCUUAACGUCCAGGAUGCGUCUUACUUCCGCAGUUCGUCUCAGCCAGACUCGGUCUCUUCAUACGUCACAGCUGUGCUCUGUCACCGUCCAGCCAGUCAAUCGUCAUCUCGAAAGUACAGUUCCAGACCGGACGAAUGCUACCGUACUCGUCUCGUUACCGAUUGCAACAACCCAUCUUUUGAUGAGAGUUUCCAAUUCUCGUUCUCCGAGAACUGUGCUCGUGAUCUUCUCAUCGUCACUGUCUACGAGAUUGAUUCGAUGCAUUCAGAGAGAAAGAGAGUUCUCGGAUGCAUGACAUUCCCAGUAAGCCGUAUUCUCAAGAAGGCCAGUCAAAUGUUCGGCGACACCUUCCAAAAGCAUCACCGCCGUGAGCCAAUGGAGGACGUUGAGAUUAACAACGAGGGAUUUUUCCUUCUCAACAAGGACCAGGGAAGAAAGCAGAAUUUCCCACAGAGAAAGGUACGCCGUCAAACGUUCUACGAAGAUCCUGCAUUCACUGGUGUAUCGUCUGCUGGCUCUUCAGUCGUCUCCAAUCAUCAUUCUGGACAGAUGACCACAACAUCUCCUCGUUUGUCAGUGCCAAAUGAGCUCACUAUGGGUGACUACUACAGAUCAUCUUCCAUUGACAGACAUCUUCGAUCCACCAACAAUCUUCUGGACUACACAUCUGCAUCGUCAAGCACAAAUGGAUCGGAGAUUCCAGAGAAGCUGAAGUUUCACAGAGCAACUCUUCCAAGUAUCACUACCACCACAAGUGAGAACAACUCGGACGAUGCAAAGAGUUUGAGCCCAGAUCGGUCUCCAACUGACCACAACUUCUUGUGCCCAGAUGACAACGGAGGUGUCUAUGGAGCUGGUCCAGCACACAGUGCUCUCAAAAAGACCUCAGUUCGUCGUGCAGCUUCGUUCACUUUCUCACCAAAGCCGUCAUCUUCAAAGAGUAAUCUGCGUCAACUGAACGGAGAAGAUAGAGAGAAAAAACGUUUUCUGUGA